CCCCGCUCGGCUCCGCUCGGUACCGGCCCCGCUCCGGGACCGCCCGGCCCCGCCGCCCCCGGGUGGCACUUGGCUCGCUGCCAUCAUCAGUUGGCUCCAGGGGUUGCGCUGCUGGCCGGGCGUCCCGGAGAGGGGCUCUGGGGGAGCUCUCGUGUCCCCAGGAAGCGCCAUGGGACCCCCUGGACGCCCUCACACCACCUAGACCCAUCUCCAGCCAGCAGCACCUCCCAACCCCCAGCAGGAUGGCCCAGCAGCGCCAUGCCAUCCCCCCACCUCUCAAGACGGAGGAGGAUUACAUCCCCUACCCCAGCGUGCACGAGGUGCUGGGCCGGGAGGGGCCGUUCCCCCUCAUCCUCCUGCCGCAGUUUGGGGGUUACUGGAUCGAGGGCACCAACCACCAGCUGAGCGGGGCCCCCGACUCGCCCCCCACGCCGGUGCCCGGCACCCGGGCAAAGCUGGAAGGCAACCACACGGCCAAGAUCUACCGCAAGCACUUCCUGGGCAAGGAGCACUUCAACUACUACUCCCUGGACCCGGCGCUGGGACACCUGGUGUUCUCCCUCAAGUACGACGAGCAGGAGCAGCUCCACCUGCUGCUGCGCACCCGUGCCCGCACCCUGCACGACGUGGUGCCCAUCUCCUGCCUAGCCGAGUUCCCCAACGUGGUGCAGAUGGCCAAGCUGGUGUGCGAGGACGUCAACGUGGAUCGCUUCUACCCCGUGCUCUAUCCCAAGGCAUCCCGCCUCAUCCUCGCCUUUGAUGAGCACGUGCUCAGCAACCACUUCAAAUUUGGGGUCAUCUACCAAAAACUGGGGCAGACCUCCGAGGAGGAGCUUUUCGGCACCACGGAGGAGAGCCCGGCCUUCGCCGAAUUCCUCGACGUGCUGGGUCAGCGGGUGCAGCUGCGGGACUUCAAGGGGUUCCGAGGGGGGCUGGAUGUGACCCACGGACAGACGGGCAGCGAGUCGGUCUAUUGCCACUUCCGUGACAAGGAGAUCAUGUUCCACGUCUCCACCAAACUGCCCUACACCGAGGGGGACGCCCAGCAGCUGCAGCGGAAGCGUCACAUCGGCAACGACAUCGUGGCCAUCGUCUUCCAGGAUGAGAACACCCCGUUCGUCCCCGACAUGAUCGCCUCCAACUUCCUCCACGCCUUCGUGGUGGUGCAGCUGGAGCAGGGGGGUGCCCAGGGCACCCUCUACAAGGUACCCCCCCGUGCCUCAGUGUCCCCGUGCCCGUGGGGGCCCGUGGGGUGUCCCGUCACCCCCCCCCCCCACCCGCCACAGGUCUCCGUCACCGCCCGUGACGACGUUCCCUUCUUCGGCCCGCCGCUGCCCGACCCCGCCGUCUUCAGGAAGGGCCCCGAGUUCCAGGAGUUCCUGCUGACCAAGCUCAUCAACGCCGAGUACGCCUGCUACCGUGCCGAGAAGUUCGCCAAGCUGGAGGAGCGGACGCGGGCGGCGCUGCUGGAGACGCUGCACGAGGAGCUGCAGGCGCGCAGCCAGGCCAUGCUGGGGCUCAGCCCCGACGAUGAGCGCCCCGACAACGGCGGCGCCGCCCCGGGCUUCUUCGAGUCCUUCAAGUCGCUGCUGGUGCCCGGGAGCCGCCGGGGACGCCGCGGCAGCGCCAUCGGGCUGGGCUCGGUGGAAGAGGUGGGUACCGGUACCUCGCUGUCCCCACUCGGUGGCCCCCCGGUUCCCGGUGUCUCCCCGGUUAACGGCGCCCCGCAGGCGCUGCUGGUGCCCGGGAAGAGCCCGUCACGGCGGCGGCCCGGCCCCCUCGGCUCCCGCCGCUCCAGUGCCAUCGGCAUCGAGAGCAUCCAGGAGGCGCCGGCCGGCAGGGACGGCCCCGCAGCCGCCGACGGCUCCAGCUCCACACACAGCUCCCCCGAGAGCCGCCGGAACCCCGACAGGGCCGAGAAGCCGGAGCCGCCGGAUUUCUCCCGCUCCUCCUCCAGCGCCAGCAGCUUCGGCAGCGCCGCGGAGGAGCCCGGCGAGCCGGGCCGGGAGAGCCGCUCGCCCUCGGGGAGCCACCGCGACGCCUUCACGGACACGCCCUGGCCCGAUGACCCCCCCGGGACCCCCCCAGGCCGCCGCCCGCCUGACCCCCCCUGCCCUGAGAUCAAAAUCCAGCUGGAGCAGCCCCCCCAGAACCCGGUGAGGCUGCUUGGCCCCCUCCACCCGUGCAGUGUGGGGGUGCCCACACCGGGGCGCCCCCACUGAUGUCCCUCCCACAGGGCUCAUAGUCACCCCCCCACCUGCGGGGGUGUCACUGCUUCACCCCCCUCUGUGUGCCACCCCCGUGCCAGGAGCUGAAGCCAUCAUCCCCGGUGCAGGAUUGGGGGGACCCCCAACAAAAAUUGGGAUGCGCCCCCCCCUCCAGACAAUCUCUGUCACCCCAAAAACCCUUUGGGUGAGGGGGUGAUGCACCACAAAGGGGCCUCCCCUCUGCCGUGACCCCAAAAUGAAGAGUGGGUCCAACCCCAGCAUCAUCCCCUCCCCCCAAAAAACCAGAGGGGACUCAAAUCCAGGGUAACCCCAAAGUGGAGCUCCCUCUCCCCCCUUUUAUUUUAAGGGACAAAAGUUCCGGAAUGUGCUGGAGGCUGGAACUGGGGGGAGGGGGAGGAAUAUUUUUUCACACCCUCCCAAACUGUGUUUGUGUUUCCCGUGAGUCCUGUAUAAAAUAAAGGUUUAUUUAUCGCUA